AUGGACGUUUUUUGGACGCUCCCUCCGGUCUCUAGAACCAUUACAGCUGCAGCUGUCGUCGUGUCGGCGCUGGGUUAUGGUGGCAUCCUCAACCUAUACCAUGUCGUCUUCGCGACUCAAUAUGUCUUCACUACCAAGAUGAUCCCGCAGCUCUGGCGACUCUUUUCUGCGUUUCUCCUCACGAAACCGAAAUUCGGCAUCCUGCUUGACCCAUACUUUUUGUACCAAUAUGGCAGCUCCAUUGAGCGCGAGUCCAGCCGCUUUUCGCAGCCCGGCGAUUUCUUUGUGUAUACCAUGUUCGUCGGCAGCGUCAUUGUGGGAACGGCAGGCUGUCUUCUCGGCUCAUAUACCUUCCUUCCUGCGCUGUCUCUCGCAUACGCAUAUACCUUUGGCCAGGACAACCCUACGCGAUCCGUGCAGUUCUUCAUUCUCAACUUUGACGCCAAGUUUCUACCCUUCGCUAUGCUGUUCCUUACAUUCGUCAUCGAUGGUCCUGAGACAGCGGCUUCACAACUGACCGGCCUCCUUGCCGCGCAUCUCUACGAUUUCCUCACAAGGAUCUGGCCUACGUUUGGAGGUGGAACAAACUACAUCCGUACCCCUCAGAUGGUGAGAAGUUGGUUCAGUGCAACAGCUGGCAGUGUUCAGGAUAGGGGAUAUGGUCAUGCUGUCCAGGGCCGCGGAAGAGCGGCUGGUGCGCCUGGAAGCGGUGCACAGCCGACUACGGGCAGGACUACUGGUGCAAACACACCUUGGAGUGGCAUGGGGCCUGGUCGUAGGCUGGGAGGCUAG